UUAAUGCGCUGUGAUUGGCUGAAAUGGAAUUCUGUUAGCCAAUCAUAUUGCUUUGAAUGUUGGCUUUGUCUUAAUACGGGUGGGGAUUUUACACGAGCGCGUACGAACGGAAUUGAUACGUUUUAACAGAAUUGAUAUAAAAUAGCUGAUAAUAUCAUGAGUUUAUUUCUGCCUAAACUGUGCAGUAAAAGAGAGCUGGAUGAGGUUAUUAAAUGUGUGGAAGAAAAAGUGCUGGUUUUGAGGUUUGGCAGAGAUGAUGAUACAGUGUGUAUGCAGCUGGAUGAAAUUCUGUCAAAAACCUCCCAUGACUUGAGUAACAUGACGUCCAUCUAUCUCGUGGAUGUCGACAAGGUCCCAGUCUACACACGAUACUUUGAUAUCAGUUUCAUUCCCUCGACUGUUUUCUUCUUUAAUGGACAGCACAUGAAGGUUGAUUAUGGGUCUCCUGACCACACCAAGUUUGUUGGGUGCUUUAAAACAAAGCAGGACUUCAUCGAUCUGGUCGAGGUGAUUUACAGAGGAGCCAUGAGAGGAAAACUGAUUGUGAGGAGUCCUAUAGAUCAGCGAAACAUACCUAAAUAUGAUCUGCUUUACCAUGGAAUAUAGCCUAGAUUUGUUUGGUCCCUGAUAUGUAGUAUGCUCCAUGGGUUUAAUUAAAAUGAUAAAAACAAUGCAUAAUAUAUUUUUAAAUAUGACUGGGAAAUGUGCUUGUGUAUGUAUAGCAUAUACAGAGAGGGCCAAAAAUGUAAACACACAUUAACAAAAGUAAAACCUGUAUAAAUUAUUUUGUAAUAUAAUGUUUAUAUGACAUCAGAGGUUUUGAACACGAUAAUACACAUUAGUACCAUUAAUACUGUGAUUCCUUUCCAUGUCUGUGAUGUAAAUCAGUGGAAGUGAUGUAACCACAAAAAGGAAUCUGGCCUAGACCUGUUUUUUUCUGACCUGAUAGAUUUACUUUAAUCAAAUUGGUUUACUAAUGUCAUUUUAUCAUAUGCUUUAUUUAUUUCUAGCUUUUUUGUAACAGAACAUUAAAAUAAGUGACGCACCUUUGAAGUAAUUUAAGCUUUUCAGUUCUUUAUUAAGGAUGUAAGCAGGUGAAAAAGAUUGUGGCCACUUUUAUAUUUAACUUGUUUCCUAUGGAAAUAACAUAUACAGUGUGUUAGAAGUCUGGUUGCUUUUCUCACAUUUCUCUUUGCUUUUUAAAUAUAAAUGCAUGUUAUUUUAUUCUGUUAUUACUCAUUGCUGUUUGGUUAC